CCCGUACUCAAGUCUUUAUACGACGACCGCUAUGUCCUCGAAGAUUCUUUCGUUGCAAGGCAAAGGGCUCAAGCUCGAUACUCGCGCCGACAUUGAGCCAUUCCUGAAGGACGUCGAUGCAUCGCUGCUGGAGGAGAUACACUUGGGCGGGAACACGCUCGGGGUUGAGGCAUCGCAGGCCCUGGGGGAAUUUCUUGCAAAAGCCACUUCGCUGAAGGUAGCCAAUUUCGCAGACAUCUUCACCGGUCGCCUGAUCUCCGAAAUUCCUCUAGCCCUCGGCGCGAUCUGCGACGCGCUCAUCGACAAGACCUCGCUCGUCGAGAUCAACCUUUCCGACAACGCCUUCGGCGGGCGCUCCGUCGACCCGAUGAUCCCCUUCCUCACGCACAACCGCUCCUUCUCCGUCCUCAAGCUGAACAACAACGGGCUCGGCCCUGCGGGCGGCGCCGCCAUCGCGGACGCGCUCCUCCAGUCUGCGCUCCUCAGUAAGAAGGAGGGAAAGCAGUCGAAUCUGCGUACGAUCAUCUGUGGGCGGAACCGCCUGGAGAACGGAUCGGCGUCUGCGUGGGCGGCGGCUAUCGCGGCGCACGGGCUCCUGGAGGAAGUCCGCAUGCCACAGAACGGCAUCCGGAUGGAGGGCAUCAUCGCUCUUGCUGGCGGUCUCGCGAAGAACGCCAACCUCGGCCACCUGGAUUUGCAGGAUAACACGUUCUCCGCCGGUGGCUCGAAAGCUAUGGCAGAAGCCUUGUCCUCCUGGGCCAACCUGCACACGCUUAACUUCUCGGAUUGCGUUCUAUCAGAUGACGGGGAAGUCCCUGUGCUCAUCGAGACGCUCAUGAAGGGCUCGAAUCCCAAAUUACGGGAUUUACUCUUGCAGAACAACAAUCUGGAGGCCAAGACGUUCGCGCUGCUAGCUCAGGGUAUUCCGUCAAACCUCGCUGCCUUGAAAUCCCUCGAGCUACAGUGGAAUGAUGUGGAUGAUGACGACGAGAACCUCCAGGAACUGGCAGACCUUCUGAAGGCUAGAGGAGGCAAGCUCUUCGUGUCCGAUGAAGAUGAAGAGGAGGACGAGGAAGAGGAGGAAGAGAGAGAGGAAGAAGAAGCUAAGGAGGAGAAGGAGUCAGCAGCGCAACCUUCGCUAGAGGAGAAGAAGCCUGCAGCCAUUGCGGACAAGGCUACAGACGCUCUGGCGGACAUGCUGAGUAAAGUCGAAAUUCGGUAAUCUGGCCUAGUCAUUUUCUUGGGUUAUUGGUCCCGCUAGCGUAGCGAAUUGUUAGGUAUACCAGUGUGCUAUGAUAUCUGAUCUGAUGUAGUGUAGACAAAUGCAAUGUAGCCUCUCAUUUGCUUUCCGAC